AUGGCGGCGCAGAUCCGAGCGGCCACGGCGACGGGCAUCGCACACGCGCGACGCAGGCGGAUGCCAUCGAGAUGUGCUCGCGCGUUCAGAGCCGCCGCGUCGGGUUCCAUCAGCGGGGCGCGAUCCGAGUCCGACGAGAGGACAGAUGCGGUUCGCGCGCGAUUGAUGCGCGAACUCGCGCGGGGCCGAACCGGGUCGGUCCCACGCGUGAUGGGUCCGAUCGUCUCGGAGCCCCGGCCGGACGACGGCGUCGUCAUCGAUCGCCUCACGCUCGCGCCGGAGUCCCGGAACGAGGGGUUGGAGCACGCCGUGCCGGUCGCGGUCGUCAGGCCCCACGGGGACUGGGACGACGCGCUCCCGGUCGUCGCGUUCCUGCACGGCACCGGCGGUGACACCGAGGGCUUGAUGCCGCAAUUGAUGUCGAUCGCCGCGCGCGGGUACGUCGCCGUCGGAGUGGACGCGCCCUGCCACGGCAGGCGCCUCGAACCGGGGUCCGCCGCGCAUGUUGCCGACGGGGACGACGACGAGCGGAGUCACCAUCCGUCGAAGUCAUCCGCGGGGGCGCCGGCGGCUGAGGGGCUGGGGCACGGCUCCGGAAACUCGCGCGAGCGCACGUUCGAGCGGUACGGCGCCGCGCUCGUCGCCGCGUGGCGGCGCGGGAACAUCGAGGGCGAGAACGGGACGGGAAGCGGGGGGAACGAAGGGAGUCGCCGGGGCGACGCUCGGCCGUUUUUGUUUGACGGCGCGUGGGACGCGCUCAGAGCGCUUCGGUUCGUGACGCGAGGCGACGAGUACGGCGAUCUGACCGAUCCCUCCAGGGUCGGGAUCGGGGGUAUAUCGCUCGGGGGCAUGUACGCGUGGCUGGCGGGCGCGGCGGACCCGGGGCUGGUCACCGGCGCGGUCGCCCCCAUCGUCGGCGUUCAGCACUUUGCGUGGGGUUUGCUGAACGAUUCUUGGAGGGCGAGGGCGGAUUCGCUCCCGCCCGCGCUGUUCGCCGCCGCGGCCGAGGAGCUCGUGGGGGAUCCGUCCGCGGUGGACGCGGGGAUCGUCGGGGCGGUGUACCGCAGGAUAUGCCCGGGUCUCAUCGACGAGCUGGACGGCCCGGCGACUCUGCCGUUGAUCUCGCCCCGACCGCUCUUGGUCGUCAACGGCGAGCUCGACCCUCGGUGCCCUUUCCCCGGACUGAUGAACGCCGUGACCGAGACCAGGGCGGCGUACGCUUCCGUCGGUAAGACGUCGCUGUUUCGGACCCUGGUUCAGAGGCGGACGCCGCACCGGUGCACGCCCGAGAUGGUGGACGUCGUGAACCGAUGGUUCGACGAGACCCUUCGGCCCGCGAGGCCCGACGUCGCGCUGCCCACUCGCGGACACCUGGACCCGAACACGUGGAUCGAGCUCUGA